AUUAGCAAGUUUCUGGAUCAGGCAGGUGGCAAGCUUGAUUAUCGACGCUACGGCGAAACUCUUUUUGAUAUCCUCAUCGCUGGCGGCAUUUUAGCCCCCGGCGGGAGCCUAGUUCAAGAUGCAGACGCAAACAAGCCUGUAUCGACGAAAAUCUGCCUAUUCCAUCAGAAUGAGGACACGGACUCGAUCCGGUCAUUUGCACAGGUGUUCGUUAAGUUGAUGCGACGCUACAAGUAUCUCGAGAAGAUGUUUGAAGAGGAGAUGAAAAAAAUCCUUGUUUUCCUGAAAGGAUUCGAGGAUGCUCAACGACACCGACUUGCCAAGGCUACUGCUUUCUGGCUGGCCAGCUCGACUCUCCCUCCCACGUGUCUCAUAAACUUGCUGCAGGAGCACCUGGUGAAAGAUGGAAUUGCUUUGGAAUUCUUGCUUGAAGUCGUUUGCACUUGGAAGCAAGAGAAAGAUAUAACCAGCUUGAAAAACGCGCUGAAGAAGGCUGGAAUUGACAACAGGCUGAUGGAAUUCUUCCCACCCAAUAAACGGAGCACGGACUAUUUCAAGAGCGUGUUCGAAGAAAAGGGACUCUUGGAAAUCGUCGCGUUCCAUAAUUUGCAAGCCCACACUGAGACCAAGAAACUGAUGCAAAAGGAAUUGGACAGGAUGAUUAAGGAUGAGGAAGCUCCGAAGCAACUCACUACCUACAUCAAGGACACGAUGGGCAAGUGCAACUUGGAAGACAAGGACGUUGUGACGAUUCUCUGGAAUGCCGUGAUGGGGAGUGUGGAAUGGAACAAAAAGGAGGAACUUGUUGCUGAGCAGGCUUUCAAGCACCUCAAGCACUAUGCGCCAAUGUUUGCCGACUUUACGGGGAACAACGCGAAGGCAGAACUCGCGUUGCUCAUCAAGAUUCAAGAAUAUUGCUACGAUAACAUGAGUUUCAUGAAGACGUUCCAUAAAAUCGUGCUGCUCUUGUACAAGACGGAUGUUUUGAGCGAAAAUGUUAUUUUGCACUGGUAUCGAGAGGCUCAUUCGCCGAAAGGGAAGAGUGUGUUUCUCGAGCAGACCAAGCGACUCGUUGAAUGGCUUCAAAAUGCCGAAGAAGAAUCUGAGGACGAAGAGGAUGAUGAUGAGUAAUGGAACCCUGAGAGACAAGGUCCUUCUUCAAUGCAGACUGCCGGCUUACAAGUUCCCCUCAAUGCGUUCGCGGGCGCCAUUCGGGUUUUAAUUGACGCAUAUACGUUCCCUCGAUUUUUUUUUCUUUUUCCGUCUGUGUUAUCACCGGAUAUUCUUGAUCUUUAAAGAAAAGAAAAAACAAAAACGAAAGAAGUCUUACCAACUAACGGCUUAAGGUGUUUCUUUUGAUCUUCUCUCGCGGCGGCGGGUCCGUUUCGGAAAAUGAAAAAAAAAAGAACUAUAUGAAAUAA